CUCUCUCUGUCGUACAUAAAGAGCCGUCUACAGCGCUCUCAUGUUUUUUUCUUCACGGGAACUCUCCUUUGCAGACCCGCACUUGUCACUCUCUUUCUCAACAGGCACAUCGUAGAUGCCUUUGCUUUUUUGAUUAUCACAUUCAUUAAUUCAAAAGUCACUCCUUGAAAAUAAUUUUUACAUCUCUGAACUAUCAAGAUGCAGUCGAGACUACUCCGCGCUGCGGCCCUUGCUACCGUUGUUCACCAAGCUGCGGCUUCUGGUUUCAGGACAGUAGGAUCGUCUGGAGUUGCGGCGCAAUUGCUCUUCCUUCCUCCUUACACGGACAAGGCAGUGUUCCUUGACAACUACCAUGCCAACUACGGUGGGCCCGGUGUGGACCUGGCCACUGGCGCUCACUCCACGGAGCCCUACAACUACGACGGCACCAACACGGCCGUCUUCGCCACCGAGUACGACCUGAAGACCAACACGCUGCGCAAGCUGCACCCGCAGACGAACACGUUCUGCUCGGCCGGCGCAUUCCUCCCCGAUGGUACCAUGGUCAACUUCGCGGGCGCGGAGCCCGACGCCAAAGCCGGCGUUGGCGACGGCUUCAACGGCAUCCGCACGUAUCCCCCCGGCCCCUGCGCCGGCGAUGUCUGCGACAUGGACUUCACGGUUAACAAGGCCUACCUGCAAGCCAAGCGGUGGUACCCGGGCGCGGAGACGCUGCCGAACGGCGACGUUCUGGCCGUGGGCGGCUCCAACGUCGGCGGCCUCGUGCUCAACGAGGCGAGCAUCAACGUGCCGACGUACGAGCUCGUCAAGGCUGACGGCUCGGCGCCCCCGCCGCCCGUCACGCUGCCUAUCCUCGAGUUCACCGACGCUGAGAACAACCAGCCGAACAAGUCGUACAACUUGUACCCUAUCCUCCACCUCAUGCCCAACCCCCGCGCCGCCAGCGAGGUCUUCACCGUCGCCGGCAACCAGGCCAUCAUCUGGGACUACCACAAUGACAAGCUCGUCAAGACGCUGCCGGACACGCCACUGGAGCCACGCACGUUCCCCUCGUCGGCGACAUCGAUCCUGCUGCCGCUGGAGGCGCCGGACUACGAGCCAACGGUACUCAUGUGCGGCGGCUCCAGCGGCGACAUCCCCGACCCGCAGGCCCUGGACGACUGCUACACGAUCCAGCCCCACGCGGAGAACCCCGUCUGGGAAACCGACGACAACCUGCCCAACGGCCCGCAAGUGAUGACAGACGGGAUCAACCUGCCGGACGGCACGAUCCUGUUCAUCAACGGGGCGCACCGGGGGUCCGGGGGCGGGUUCCAGGCCGACGACCCGGCGCGCACGCCCUUCGUGUACAACCCGAAAGCGCCGCGGGGCACGCGCUUCACGAACAUGCCCGCCAGCAGCAUCCCGCGCCUAUACCACAGCGUGGCGACGCUGCUGCCGUCGGGCGAGGUCCUGGUCGCCGGCUCAAACCCCAUGGUCGGCUACACCGCCGACGGCGGCGUGCCCGCCGGCUGGCCCAAGUUCGGCAACAACGGCCACACGGCGUUCCUGAACCAGCAGCAGCGCGAGACCAGCAAGUACCCGACCGAGUACCGGGUUGAGAUCUUUAGUCCCCGCUAUAUGGACGCUGUGUACAGGCCGCAGCUGCUGAAGGCGCCCGAGGCGAUUUUCUAUGGCAAGACGUUUGCGAUUAAGAGCUCUAUGGAGAGCGAGGAUCUGGAGGUCGUGAUUAUUAACCCGGGCUUCCAUACCCAUGGCAUGAAUAUGCAGCAGCGUAUGAUUAAGCUGCAGGGGUCGGCCGGUAAGGCCAGUGGCCAGCACGUUGUUACCGCGCCUCCGGGGCCCAGCACCGCGCAGCCCGGCGUGUAUCUGAUGUUUGUGGUUGUGGAUGGUAUUCCCAGUGAGGGCAAGUGGGUUAAGCUGUCGUAUUAAUUGGGGAAGCGCUUGACGGUGCGGUGGUUUGCUCUUUGUUGCGAUAUGGCGCUAUGAAAAGACGAAUACCCAGUAUGUUUACAUGGGGCUUGGUCGUUUGUCGAUAGUACAAUAAACUCAAUACUAU